UACGGUUGCAGUAAUCUUAGUCCUUGGUGUGUUGUUUUGACCUCAUUAUUGGACUGUGUUUGGAAGGACAUAAACGUAAAUGUCAUUCUCACUUUUAUAGUAUGUCUUACACUGCGCCUUCUACAAUUUGGAUGCUUACGCCACAUGUAGGAAUCCCGUCUGCGUUAGACUACAUCUUCAGCCGUUACACUGUGGGAGAUCAGCUGGGCAAAGGUGGAUUUGGGGUGGUGUAUGAAGGAACGCGUCUGGAGGAUAAUAUUAAAGUGGCUUUGAAAUACGUCACAAAGACGGAGCAAAUGGAAUGUGUAUUCCUUCCUGAUCAUGCAGAGCCUCUUCCAAAAGAGAUCGCCCUCACCAUCAUGGCGAAUAAAGGUCGAAGAGUGCCAGAGAUCAUCCGGCUGCUGGAGUGGAGGGACCACCUGACCACUUCGUCAUGGUCCUGGAACGUCCUCUCCUGUGUUCCACCGUGA